CCUGUCUCUCACCUGUCUUUGUCUCUCUCACCUGUCUCACCUGUCCCGUCAGUUUGCAGAUGCCGAGUGUGCUAAAAAGGCUCUGGAGCAGCUGAACGGCUUCGAGCUGGCGGGUCGACCCAUGAAGGUAGGUCAUGUGACGGAGCGGACCGACGCCGCCACGGCUUCCUCUUUCCUCGACAACGACGAUAUGGAACGCAGCGGCAUCGACCUCGGAACCACCGGGCGACUGCAGCUGAUGGCCCGACUUGCCGAGGGUUCAGGUCUACAGAUCCCUCCCGCUGCUCAGCAGGCUCUGCAGAUGAGUGGAGCGAUCGCCAUCGGAGCCAUGGCUGCUGUGUCAGCUGCCAUGAACCCGACUCUCAACAUGAACUCUGCUGCUCUGAAUCUUCCUUCUCAGCCGCUCGCCACUCACUGCUUCCAGCUGUCCAACAUGUUCAGUCCCAACAGGUAAGCCCACAACUGUCGGCACAUGUCUGUGUCCUGUCUGCGUCCGCACCUGUCUGCGCCCCGUCUGUGUCCUGUCUGCGUCCGCACCUGUCUGCGCCCCGUCUGUGUCCUGUCUGCGUCCGCACCUGUCUGCGCCCGCACCUGUGUCCUGUCUGCGUCCGCACCUGUCUGCGCCCGCACCUGUGUCCUGUCUGCGUCCGCACCUGUCUGCGCCCCGUCUGUGUCCUGUCUGCGUCCGCACCUGUCUGCGCCCCGUCUGUGUCCUGUCUGCGUCCGCACCUGUCUGCGCCCGCACCUGUGUCCUGUCUGCGUCCGCACCUGUCUGCGCCCGCACCUGUGUCCUGUCUGCGUCCGCACCUGUCUGCGCCCCGUCUGUGUCCUGUCUGCGUCCGCACCUGUCUGCGCCCCGUCUGUGUCCUGUCUGCGUCCGCACCUGUCUGCGCCCGCACCUGUGUCCUGUCUGCGUCCGCACCUGUCUGCGCCCGCACCUGUGUCCUGUCUGCGUCCGCACCUGUCUGCGCCCCGUCUGUGUCCUGUCUGCGUCCGCACCUGUCUGCGCCCCGUCUGUGUCCUGUCUGCGUCCGCACCUGUCUGCGCCCGCACCUGUGUCCUGUCUGCGUCCGCACCUGUCUGCGCCCGCACCUGUGUCCUGUCUGCGUCCGCACCUGUCUGCGCCCCGUCUGUGUCCUGUCUGCGUCCGCACCUGUCUGCGCCCCGUCUGUGUCCUGUCUGCGUCCGCACCUGUCUGCGCCCGCACCUGUGUCCUGUCUGCGUCCGCACCUGUCUGCGCCCGCACCUGUGUCCUGUCUGCGCCCGCACCUG